AUUUUGAACGUUAUAAUACUGUGUAGCCAAAAAUAUUCUUUAUGCAAAAUUAUAAAAUUUAUAUUGUUGUUUCUUUAUAUUUGCAAAAAUACAUAACGGCUGUUUUCCUCACUGGCAGACAAGUUUCUCUAAUGUUACAUUAACUUAUUGAAAUCGUUUUAGAAAAAAAAACUAUAGGCAAUAAUUUUCACUUGUUUUUAGUAUUAAGCGCUCUGUAAAGAUAAGAUUUUAAACAUUCACAAAGGGCUGUGCAACAUUAGGGAUGGAGACCAUAAUUCAUUUUUGACAUAAGAGAUAAAGCUAUCCCGGUGUGGCUCAUAAAUCAUUUAGUAAUUAUUCUCUUAAUUAUUCUAGAUACUACAAAUGUCACAAUUGCAAGAUCACUGUACAGUCCUCAACUCCUUUUGUGCUUUGUGAUAAAUAUUAGUAAUAGCAUGUGUCAUUGCUUUCUCCACCCAGUCUUGGAAACAUAAUAUCUACUUACAGUUCAGAUCUGCUUGGAACUUGGAAAAUCUUUUCCAGAUAAAGCAAGCAAACUGGAAGGUAACAAAUAUCUAUAUAAUAUGUAAUAAGUUAUAUAUAAACAGAAUAAACCAAAAAGCAUAUAUAUUUUUUAUCCAGCCCUUCAAGAUUGUAUCAAAGAGGAGAAUACUAAUACAAAAUAUCAAUUUCACAUUUCAGUCAAUAUGAGUGGCAAAAUGAGUUGCAUUGUAUAAUUUGCAUAAUGUUCUAUAUUGAGUAAAAUGGAAGCUCAAGGGUUCAUUUAGACCUCUAAUACAUUUUAAUAAAAUAUUGAUGCUUAUGUUAGUGGAGACAGUAACACCACAUACAAUGUGUAUAAGAUUAUAUGUAUCAAAAUGUAGAUUAAAAUAUGUAAAAUGAAUAAUAAUCAAACUAAAUAUUGGGGACAUGUUUAAUAAAAUAUUCUGUAUAUUUAAAGUAUAAGUAGUUUUUCCCUAUUACAUUCCAGUAUAACUCUUUAAAGUGUUGUGGAAAUAGAUUUUGUUUAACAUUAAAUUGAAUAUCAUAUGUAUUUUAAAACAAAUAUAGCUCUUGGAAAAGUGCACAUGUUUUUCACCACAAAUAUGCAAACAAUUUUGCCAUUUAACAAUCUUUUGUAUUUAAUGUUUAAUUUCAAACAAUGUUUAAUGUUUAAUUUCAAACAAGGAAAAAUAUUUUAUGCUCUCUUAGAUAUGAAGUAAACAAUGUUUGUCACCUGCAGGAAGUCUAUAAAAAAAAUAACACAUGACCGCCAACUUUUGCUGACUUUUGCUUAUCAUACUGUUCUUUAACUUAGUAGAAGCGAUUUCAGGCUAGAAGAGACGGACACCAGCGCGGGGAAAAAUGGGUAACACGACGCCUUCAAGAAGCAAACAAGGUUGCAUGAAAGAAAUAAACAAAACAACAAUAUUCAAACAGGAAGAGCCUCAACCCGGCAAUUGCUGUUGUAAAACGCAGGUAUCAUACAGAAUCCCGGCUCUCGUCUAUGUUAAUGAUGAAAAAACCUUCCUUGCCUUUGCUGAAAAGAGAAAAACAUUAAGCGACACCAAUGCAGAAGCGUUUGUGAUGAGAAGAGGGAUGUUGAAUGAGGCUCAAGAAGUUGAGUGGGUGAUUGGUCAUCAGCUGCUCUCUUCAGCUAGUCUACCAGACCACCGCAGCAUGAAUCCAUGUCCCGUCUACGAGAGGGAAUCCAAGACGCUCUUUCUGUUCUUUCUGUGUGUUCCCACUAAAGUCUCUGAAUAUGAACAAAUACGCACAAACACGUGCCAGGGACGACUUUGUUACGUGACUAGUAAGGAUGCUGGGAAUACCUGGAGCCAAACUACAGACUUGACGGAAGAUGUGAUCGGUGAGCGGAUAAAAGAAUGGGCGCCCUUUGCUGUCGGCCCGGGACACGGCGUUCAGAUGAAGAGCGGAAGACUGAUUAUCCCAGCAUAUGCUUAUUGUUACACAGGCAACCCUGAUUGCAUAUCGUGCUGCUGCUUGAUGUUCAGCUGUUUUACACCUUUUGCUUUAGCAUUCUACAGCGACGAUCAAGGAAUCACGUGGAAGGCUGGAAAGCAAAUGGAUGUUGAGUCGUGCGAGUGUCAGAUGGCCGAGAUCAUCGACGAGGAAGGUAAGAGCACUCUGUACUGCAACGCUCGAACCCGGCUUGGCUACAGAACGGAGGCCCUCAGUUACAAUUCUGGAGCGGAUUUCGGCAAGGUUUUAUCCCCAAACAAGCUGAUAGAGACCGACAGCGGAUGCCAAGGAAGCGUGUUGAGUUUUUUAGAACAGAGCGAUCCUCCAGCGACGUGGUUGCUCUAUUCCCAUCCCUCCGAUCCAAAAAGUAGAGUAGAUCUCGGCCUCUACUUGAAUAAAACUCCACUGGAUUCCUCGGGGUGGUCAGAUCAGCCUUUGUUGAUAUUGCAUCGCGGUCCCAGUGCGUACUCUGAUCUGGUGGAGUACGAGCCCGGACGCUUCGCUUGUCUCAUGGAGUGUGGGAUUAAACAUGAGAAUGAAGAAAUAGCCUUUGCGCUGUUUCAACUCCCUGAGAAAAAGCUGUGAAGGUGUUGAUUUCAUAAUAAAUACAUAUGCCAUUAUCAGCAAUUUAAUCAGCAUUAUCAGUCUAACUACACAUUUAUUUUGUAUAUUAAUUUUUUUCAUUCCUGAUUAACAGUAAAUGUAUCUGUAUCUUUUGGGGAUUUUUUUUGUUUUGGCAGGAAACUUUCAAAUGUGUAACAUCAACAUGGUGUUUCCUCAUUUUUAUACGAUAUACAAAAUUAUACAUAUAAAACAUAUCUUUUAACAUUACAUCUUUUUACAGUAUCUUUUUUGAUUUGAAUUUCCCAAAACAAUACUGUGAGCACAAAGUAAAAAAUUACGUAGUAGCUAAUUUUAGUAUUAUAGUAUGCUGCAGAUUUCAAAAUGUAUAGAGGUUUUUGUGAACCGAUGUCGUAAUUAUGUAAAUAUGUAAUAUUUAGUGAUUUUAAUUUUCUCUUUUAUUGUUAAUAUUUUGUCACAGAAGCAUAUGCCAUUUUAAUAUGAUUUUAUUUUUUCUUCAAGCAAGGUUUUCACACGCCAUUGCUCAUGCAUGAAAACAUGCCUUUGAUCUCACCGAGAGCUUUUUUUUUGUAUGAAUUUAAUUACUAAAGCUAAAGCCAUUUAGUUUGUAAUUUUACAGCAAUUUUGUGAUCUGCCAAGGCAAGAUUGAAUAAAAAAAAUAUGUGCUGGAAUGACCAAA